AUGCAUGCUGUGAGGUAUGGACAAAUUGAUGUGUAUAAGCUGCUCCAGUCUCGGGCACCAUUGGUCACACACCGGAAAGAUCCCAACUACAUCUCUGACCAUCUCUUGUUGGCACUCAAUCGUGGUCAACUUUCAAUGUUCAACUAUCUCCUCUCUUUCGAGACUCCACAAUCAAUGAUCGACAGGAUUCGUAUGGGUAGAGACUUUGCCCGCACUUUCUAUCACUUCAGUGACCCGGUGGCGAUGUCAUCAAUACUCAAGAUAUUGAUCAGAUACAUUGAGACAGAGUGCAACAAGGACGCAUCAUUCACUCCAUCUCAAGCAAUCAGUUGCUUGUUAAAGGACACCAAUCCAUUUGGUAUUCUACUCAGGUGCCAAGACAUUGAGUUGGCACAACUAACAAUCAAGUAUGUACCGAAAUUCGAUGCCUUCCAACUCUACAAGUAUUGCAAUUAUAUCUUUGAUCACGGUGAUGGCUCAUUCAAUGCACCAUACAUCCCAUUAAAGGAUGAGAUUGAACAACAGAAGCUCAAGCACACAGUCGAGUUCCUCUUUGCACUCUUGAAGCUCUAUGGCCGCCAUGUGGACAGCACUGAAGUACAGUUCACAAGAUGCUUUGAUGUGCUCACCGAGUAUGGAGUUCUGGUCACUGACAUAUACGUGAUCAUGUCAUCGCAGUAUGUUCCACCACCCCUCAUGUCAUAUAUCAGGAGGGGCAUCAUCACCAACAUCCGUCAAGGUUGCGAUGUACAAUAUCUUGAUGAAUUCAUUGAGUUCUUCCUCCUUCAAGCCAACAACAUAGUUGACCAAAUGUUGAUUGAUUUCAACUCUAUUUGCACGUACGGAACAAUCGAAAUAGUUACCAUGAUGGACGUUCAUUUGCAAAGACGGCACCACGACUUGGCCAUUCAUUUGGACAAAGCCAACGCUUAUCCAAAGACAAUGGAGAUACUGAAGUACAUCAUUCAGAGAGGUUGGUACCCAGAGGACCAGAAGGAAAUGCUCAUUCACUUCAUUUCAAUUGCCGAUCCAGGUUUGCUCAAGACAAUCUUGGCAGAAUAUGAUAUCAAUGGACUGUUUACUGGUGAUGAUGAUGAUGAUGAUGACUACUUAGCGUUCAUUGACUCAAUGCGAACACAUAUGGAACAUUUCAGGAAGUGGACCCAGAUGUGGUCACAUAUCUUCUUGCUCAAGCACCCACUGCAGGCUUUGAUCAUGAGACACUGGUCAAUAUCAUGA